AUGCCUUUAUGCCCCAGCAGUGAGGAGAUGAGGAAGGCCAUAAAACUCCCGACGAACACUGCGAAGACGGGGGUCAAUGUCUCAACCUCAUCCACAGACGAAGCAGCAGUAGCCCUCGAUGGACUUACACUAGAGCCCCCAACUCUUGAUACCGGCAUGGUCGACACGCCCACCAAGAUAUCAACCCCCAUAGACUCGCUCUUCGACCUCCCCACCAACCCACCCUCAAUCUACGUCGACAUCGAAGGCAUCGACCUCUGCCGCCACGGUAGCGUCUCCAUCCUGCAACUCUACGUCCUCCCCACCGACACGACGCACCUGAUCGACGUCCACACCCUCAAGUCCCUAGCCUUCACGACUCCCAGCACCACCAGCGGCCAAACGCUAAAACAUGUCUUCGAAUCCGCCGCAAUCCCGAAGGCGUUCUUCGAUAUCCGAAAUGACUCCGACGCUCUGUACGCCCUCUUUGGUAUCAACGUCGCGGGCAUACACGACAUCCAGCUCAUGGAAAACGCCUCCCGGUCGUUCAACCGACGCUGCGUGAAUGGCCUAUCCAAAUGCAUCGAGAGAGACUGCCCCAUGACUCUGUCUGAGCGGCGGACAUGGCUCGCGACAAAGGAGGUCGGUGUGAAAGCGUUUGCCCCUGAGAAAGGAGGCAGUUAUCAAGUUUUUAACGAGAGGCCGUUGAGAAAAGAGAUCAGGGAUUACUGUAUGCAGGACGUCAAGUUCCUGCCUAGGCUUUGGAAGUUAUAUGAUCAGAAGAUGGGACAGGCGUGGAAGGGGAAGGUUGCGCAUGCGACGGUGGAGAGAAUCAAGCUGUCCCAAAGUGCGGGAUUCAAUGGGAAGGGGCGCCAUAUGGCGCUGGGUCCGUGGGCAUGA